GGGAAGGGGGCUGAAUCAACAUGGCGCCUUCAGCGGGACAAGGGUGAAACCGCCACUGCCGGCUGCUUCCAUUCUCCCGCUCCAACAUGUUGGUUCACUUAUUUCGGGUCGGGACUCGGGGCUGCCCGGUUCGGGGAGCCCUGCUACUGCCGCUCCGGCCCCGAACGUUUACGGCCGUCAGGCAUUUGGAGAGUCACACUGGCUCCUACAUUCUGCGGGCUCUGGCCCGGCUCCGGCUGUGCCUACCCAGAAGCCCCCCAGCUAGCCGUCAAGGAUCCUCUCUCUGGGUUGGGGGGCUACUCUUGAGUCCUAUAAUAUGGAGCAAAGGCUGCCACUUCUAUCUUGUGGGGCGGUGUGAGAUGGAGGAGCUGCCCCCUGUGGAAUGCAAGUCCCAACCACAGGAGCCCUGCUUCAACUGGUCUAUCUUCUGGUGCUUUCUGCGACCCCACUUGCUGGCCCUGGGGACAGCCAUUGUGCUAGCAUUGGGAUCUGCCUUGGUGAAUGUGCAAAUUCCCCUGCUCCUGGGCCAGUUGGUGGAGAUUGUGGGGAAAUACACCCAAGAUCAUUUGGGGAACUUCAUGAUGGAGGCCCGAAGCCUUGGUCUUCAUCUACUCACCCUCUACACUGUCCAGGGGGUGCUGACCUUUGGCUACCUGGUACUGUUGUCAAGACUUGGAGAACGCAUAGCCAAAGAUAUUCGGAAACAACUGUUUGGCUGCCUGCUUCGACAGGACAUUGGCUUCUUUGACACCAAAAAGACAGGGCAGCUGGUGGCACGACUAACAGCUGAUGUGCAAGAAUUCAAGUCGUCCUUCAAACUUGUCAUCUCCCAGGGCCUCCGCAGCUGUACCCAGAUGGCGGGCUGCCUGGUGUCCCUGAGCGUGCUGUCCCCACGUCUCACGGUUAUAUUGUUGAUGGUCACACCUGUCCUGGUUGGGGCGGGUUCCCUGCUGGGCGCCCUCCUCCGCAAGCUCUCUCGACAGGCUCAGGAGCAGAUCUCUAAGGCAACAGGUGUGGCGGAUGAGGCCCUGGGCAACGUACGGACCGUGAGAGCCUUUGCCAUGGAGCCACGGGAGGAACAGCACUAUGGAGAGGAGCUGGAGAAGUCGUGUGAGCUGUCAGAGAAACUGGGCAGAGGCAUCGCCAUCUUCCAGGGGCUCUCCAACAUCGCUCUCAACUGCAUGGUUCUAGGCACGCUGUUCAUAGGCGGCUCCCUGGUGGCAGGACAAGAGCUGUCAGGCGGGGACCUCAUGUCUUUCCUGGUGGCGUCCCAGACCGUGCAGAGAUCCAUGGCCAAUCUCUCUGUUCUAUUUGGUCAGGUGGUUCGAGGGCUUAGUGCUGGGGCCCGGGUCUUUGAGUACAUGGCUGUGAUCCCUGAAAUUCCACUGGAAGGGGGCUACUGCAUUCCACACACUGAGCUCCAAGGCGCUGUCAGUUUUCACAAUGUCUGCUUCAGCUAUCCCAGCCGACCAGGUUUCCCAGUACUCAAGAACUUCAAUCUGAAAUUGCCUCCUGGAAAGAUAGUGGCCCUGGUGGGACUGUCUGGGGGAGGAAAGUCUACAGUGGCUGCCCUGCUUGAACGGUUCUAUGACCCCACCGAAGGAACAGUGUGCUUGGACGGGCAAGAUCUUCGAAGCCUGGACCCUUCUUGGCUCCGGGGUGAAGUCAUUGGCUUCAUAAGCCAGGAGCCUGUCCUUUUUGGCACAACCAUCAUGGAGAACAUCCGCCUAGGAAAGCUAGAUGCCUCUGAUGAAGAAGUAUAUGCAGCUGCCCAGGAGGCUAAUGCCCAUAAUUUCAUUUGCAGUUUCCCCGAGGGCUAUGACACUGUUGUGGGAGAGCGAGGCGUCGCCCUCUCAGGGGGCCAGAAGCAGCGUUUGGCCAUUGCCCGGGCUCUCAUCAAGCAGCCCAAAGUGCUGAUCCUGGAUGAGGCCACGAGUGCGCUGGAUGGGGAGUCGGAGCGAGUCGUUCAGGAGGCCCUGGACCGAGCCAGCUCCGGCCGCACCGUGCUGGUCAUCGCCCACCGCCUCAGCACAGUCCGGGCGGCCCACCAGAUCGUCGUGAUGUCUAAAGGCUGUAUCAAGGAGAUUGGAACCCACUCAGACCUCAUGAGGAGAGGUGGGCUGUACGCAGAUCUCGUCAGGAGUCAGACCUUAAUGCCUCCAGGCUAUAAAACCUACAACCCCAGGUUUUGAAAAUUGGCCUCUUGGGGGUCCACCUGACCCAGGAGCCUGAACACUCCCAAGGUUCCAGAACUCGAGCAGAGUUCAAAGUGGUGACGAAACCCCAGAAAAGGAGUAAUAGGAAAAGGGGACUGUCAGCAGGGGCGGAGGGAGUACAGAAUGCUACUGUUAUGGCUGUACUCAAAAUAAACCCUGGGCUGGAGCCAGCUGGAGGGUUGGAAAGGAGCUAGGGCCCAGCCUCCUUCUUCUUA